AGGGAAACCUCAGGCCCAACAGGAAGCUGGCAAAUGUUGUAGAAAUGGUCAAACGGCUGAGUUUACAGGCAGCAAAGGGAGCAGGAGAGGAGAGGGUGUGUGGGGAACACCAGGAGACUCUGAAACUGUUCUGUGAAGAGGAUCAAACGUCUGUCUGUGUGGUUUGCCAUCUGUCCCGGGCUCACAGAGAUCACAGGGUGGUUCCCAUAAAGGAGGCUGCCCAGGAGUACAAGGUGAAACUCCAGGGAGCCCUGGCCCCUCUGAGGAAGGAGCUGGAAGAGGCCCUGGCUCUGAUGUCUGCAGAGGAAGAGGAGAUCACAGAGUGGCAGGGGAAAGUGAAGAAUAGGAGAGAGAUGAUUGCAGGUGAAUUUAACAAACUGCACACACUGCUGAGAGAGGAGGAGCAGCUGCUUCUGCAGAGCCUGGAGGAGGAGGAGAGGGAGACUCUGCAGAGACUACAGGAAAAUGUAACCAAACUCUCCCAGCAAAGCUCCUCUCUGCAGCAGCUGAUCACAGAGAUUGAAGAGAAGUGUCAGCAACCAGUUGUGGAGCUGCUAAAGGCUGUGAAAAGCACAUUGAGCAGGAGUGAGAAUGUGAAACUCCAGGAACCAGAAGCUGUUUCUACUGACCUGAAAAACGUGUAUAAAAUUUCCCUUGACAUGAGGGAAGCGCUGCAGAGAUUCGGAGUGGACGUGACUCUGGAUCCAGACACGGCUCAUCCCGACCUCGUCCUGUCUGAGGAUUGCAAACGUGUGAGACACGGAGACAAACGCCAGGAUCUGCCCAACAACGCUGAGAGAUUUGAUAGAUAUUUCGUUGUUCUGGGCGCUGAGGGGUUCACGGGCGGGAGGCGUUACUGGGAGGUGGAGGUGGGAGACAAGACAGGCUGGGACCUGGGGGUUUGUAGGGAAUCUGUGGAAAGGAAAGGGGAGAGCACACUCACACCUCGGAAUGGAUUCUGGGUCGUGGGGCUCUGUGAUGAGGGAUACGAGGCAGGCACCUCCCCCCUAACCCCCCUCCCCGUGAGCGUCAGGCCCAGCCGGGUGGGGAUUUUCCUGAACUAUGAGGCGGGCGAGGUCUCGUUUUACAAUGUGACUGAUAGGUCCCAUCUCUUCACUUUCACUGGCACCUUCUCCGGGAAGCUCCGCCCUUAUUUCUGUCCCUGGAACAAUGCUGGGGGUACAAACGCGGCUCCCCUGAUAAUCUGCCCGGUCCCAGCUCAGGCCGGAGGGAAUCUCUGUCCCUGACAGUGACCCUGUGGCACAGACUGGCCCUUCCCAGCCCUGCUGCUCUUCCCACCCCCAGUGGUGGGGGCCAGUU